CGUCGCCGAGCGGGCCGGGGCCCACUUAGAACACCACCUGCGGAGUCGCUCGUCACUUCGUCGCCGUCUCCGUCUCCGUCGUCUCUCCCCCUUUCCACGCCCCUCCAGAAGCCACCCUGCCGCUGCCGCUCCGAUCCAACCGACCCCUCAUGGCCUUCGCCAGCUCGCUCCUGCCCGCGCCGGCCUCCGGCGUCCGCGCGAGCCACGCCCCGGAGCUCGCCUUCCCGCCGGUCAACAGGAAGGGCGGCGUCUCGCUGCGGCGCCGGGGAGCCCGGCACGGAGUCAGGGCUGAAGUGAAUGAAUCUGCAAGUGCUUUAGCGAUUGAUGCUCUCUCCCAAGUUAAGCAUGUUCUACUUCCGAUCACUGACCGCAACCCUUACCUUUCGGAAGGCACAAGACAGGCUGCAGCAACAACCACUUCUCUAGCCAAGAAGUAUGGAGCAAACAUUACAGUAGUUGUUAUUGAUGAUAAGCCAAAGGAGUCAUUCCCAGAGCAUGAUACUCAAAUGUCAAGCAUUAGAUGGCAUCUUUCUGAAGGUGGAUUUACAGAGUUUGGGUUGAUGGAGCGCCUUGGAGAAGGAAAGAAGCCAACAGCUAUCAUCGCAGAGGUCGCAGAUGAUUUGGAGUUAGACCUGGUCGUCCUUAGCAUGGAGGCAAUCCACUCAAAGCAAGUCGAUGGGAAUUUACUGGCUGAGUUCAUCCCCUGCCCCAUUCUGAUGCUUCCCCUCUAAUAAUGUGCUGAGUUUUCCAUCUGCUGCUUUUUGGUUUUUUUUUGUCAACUAUUUCAUGGAUAUGAUGAUGCACUUCGGGUUAGCUAAUUGUUAUACCUUGUUGACUCUGCUGUCCUGGUAGAUUUGUGAUCAUGUGAAUAUUCAAAAGAACAAUAAGAGUGGUUCCUUUGUGAAAUUUGCUAUUCUCUUGCA